AUGACUGUUUCGAGUAAUGACAAACUGAGCUUUGAAGAGGUUAGUGAUCCCGAGAUCAUUCGAUACACACACUCUAAGAAUGCUGCAACUUGGAGGGGACUGCAGACAGUAGAUCAGUAUUGCGAGAGAGAGCGGUUGUUGGGUUCUUCAGACAUUGCUAAGAAGGGAGAAUCAGCAGAGAUGAGAAAGAAGUUUCCGGGACACGAAUUGCUUGGUUUGAAGUACUUUGUGUUAAAGAACACGGAACUGGAGGCUACUAGUGCUACUAGCCAAAUCGUAGCCAGUUGUGAAGCAUUGUGUCGGCUCGGUUAUGCGAUACAUCCAGGUUCUCGUGGUAAAGUAGUUCCAAUUCUCACAGCCUGCAUCGGUGGGGUGUUUACUUCACCUGAACAUCGAGGCAAUGGGUAUGCAAGAGAGAUGAUUCACAGUCUAAACAGGCACUUUGAUAGGCUCAGCGAAGCGCCUGAUGCUCCGGACUUCGUAAAGAACACGGUGAUCACCCUCUACAGUGAGGUCGGAGAGUAUUAUGCCGAAAAUGGUUAUCAAUCUUUGCAUGUUCCCGUUCAUGUUAUCACAGAAACUGAUGUACUUCUCGACCGUUAUUGCGACACACUGCCAAAGGAAAAAGGUAGAUUUCUGCGGUUUGAUGAUUAUCCUGACUUGGUUGAUCUUCAGAAGAAACAGUUUGAAUCCAGGCUCUUGAAGCUGCAUGAAGAGUCACCCGAGAAGUUUAUAUUUACGGUGGCGGCAGACAUUGAUAUCUACAAAUGGUUUCAAGUUCGUGAUUUGUUCCUGAUGGACAUGACCAAAAGACAUCAAGACGAUUUGAAAUUCGGAGUUGCCUUGGAAGAUAAUAGCCACAUUAUAUGGCAUCAUAACUGGAACGACAACUCCCUAGUGAUCGUGAAAAUAUUCAUGGACGAUCAUCAAAGCUCCACUCAUUGUGAGCAUACCUUGCGGCGCCUGAUUAGCCAUGCGAUUAACGAGAUCAAGACCUGCGGGUUGCAAUCGCUGGUGUUUUGGGAUGAAGAAAUUCCAAUCAAAAAUUUUCCAAAUCUAUACGCAGUGCUUAGUGAAAUGGAGCAGGCUUGCAAGCUGUAUGUCGAGAAUGGGUCGCUCAGUGCCGUGAGACCUCCAAAAGGCUUCACAAUGGAAAAAAUUACAUGGGAUAAUAAUACCAAGUUCUGUUGGUUUUGA